AAGAUGGGAAGAUUGUAAACUGGAUAUGCUAGACCAGUUACAAAUAGAUAAGAUACAUAAGAGAAUGUAGUAAAGACUGCAAGAGUAGGUACAAGAUUGGGUACAGCAAGGCCUAUGACUUAAGGAGGUAGAUAUAUAAGAUUGGGAACAGCAUCUUUAUAAUAGAUGGGAGAUUAAUUUAUUAUGAUUGAUAGAUUAGAUAUGAAAAAGAUGGCUUCAAAACCUGUCAUAUCAAGAAUUUUAUGUGAUUAUUUAAUUUAUGUUGAGCAUAAUCCAAGAAAAGUAAAGAAUUUAGUAUAUUUAGGCAUUAUAAUUAGCUGCAGAAGCUACUUAAAUAAACAAUUUCACUGAUUGGUGGUGGAAAGAAAGGCUAGGAAAAGCAUAUUUUAUGUUAGGACUUUAUAGAGAGGCAGAAAAGUAAUUUGAAAGUUCAUUAAAAAUGUAAGAGAUGAUCAAAACAUAAUUAUAAUUAGCAAAGUAUUAAUAAUUUAAAUUUACUAGAGUUUAUUUAAGAAUAGAUUAACCAAUUACAGCAAUUGAAUUGUAUAAAAAAAAUAGUGAACGUUUUCCUCACGAAAUUUCAUAUUUAAUAGGUAUUGCUAGAGUUUAUGAUUAAUUAAAUUAACCUGAAAAAGCAUUGCCCUUUUAUUAAAAUACUCUAAUUAAAGAUAAUUUCAAUAUUGAAGCUGUAGCUAGUUUGGGUGCAUAACAUUUUUAUUUAGAUUAACCAGAAACUGCUUUACAAUUUUAUAAGAGAUUAGUAAUUUAUUGUUUUUAUAUUUAUAGUUAUAAUUGGGACUUUACACUGCAGAAAUAUGGAAUAAUAUAGGAUUAUGUUGUUUUUAUAGUGGAUAAUAUGAUUUAUUUUAUUCAUGUUUUGAAAGAGCUUUAAGUGUAGCUGAUGAUCAAUAAAGAGCAGAAAUAUGGUACAAUUUAUCACAUGUAAAUAAUACUCUUUAAUUAUAGAUUUUUAUUAAUCUAGGAGAUAGUGGAACUGCUUAUUAAUGUCUUAAAAUUUCUCUUUGUUUUGAUCCUCAUCAUGGUGAAGCUUAUAAUAAUUUAGCAGUAUCAAAUCAAAAAUAUUUAGGUUGUUUAAGCUAAAAGAAAGGAAUUAGACAAAGCCAAACACAGUUUUUAAAAAGCUAUUGAAAGUAAUGAAUUUAUUUAUGAACCUGUGUAUAAUUUAAGCGUACUUCACUUUAACUAACAAGAUUAUUCUCAAUGUUAUUAAUUGGUUUAAAAAACACUUAAAUUAUUUCCUGAUCAUUCUGACUCAUUAGAAUUAAAUGAGAAAGUAUUAUAAGUUUUAUAAUAAAUAUGA